CUCAAGACAGAACAAUGUAUUCUUCAACGAAAAUGUUGUACUCUUGAGGAACUUCUCUCCGAUCAUCUUUCACAUUAAUAACGCACUCACUCAAACCGCGUAAAUACUUGAUCUAAAUGGAGCCCCAAUCGAGCGAUGUGUCCCAGAGUCCGGCUCAGAUUUCUUGAGCACUCGAUCGGUCCAAUUCCUCGCUCCCUCUUCAACCAACGGCCACGCACACUUUUAAACCUGGACACCAUGCGGUUCCUUUGCGUCCUCUUUUGUUUGUUUAUCAGCAUGUUUAGUCAAGCCGCUGAGAUCCCGCCCGCUGAGCCGUCAUCAGAAAAAGAUCCUCACACAACCGAAAACGCCCCGCCGACUCGUCAAAUCUUGGGCGAAGGCGGACGUCCUGCCAAGUAUGGUCCCCUUGGAGGCUAGCCCAAACCCUAUAAAAUUGUCCAACAACCGCUUUUGUGUAUCCUUUCUUCCUCCUCAAAAUUAUUUCUGAUUGAUGAUCCUUCA